UUAUCCUAGGCCUCCAAGAAUUACAAUUACCAUUUCUUACAUAUUAGUGCGACUUAUGAUUAUCUGGUGUUAGUUAUUUAUAUAACCAUGCUUGUUGGUUGUUUCGCGUGCUAUUUGCUAUCCGCAAUUUCAUCUUCGUCUUCGUUUUCUCUUUCUUUCACUGCGUUUCUUUCUUGUAUGUUUUUCAGUAAUUGUUGGCCGAAGACACGAUCAUGGUAUCAUUUCGAGGGUUUUUGCUACUGUUAAUGAUAAUAGCAGUAUGUCGAGCCGAGAUAAUUUUCAAAUCUCCUUCCAUGGCAGAAGUUGUUGACCCAGGACCGUAUAAAAUUCGUGCGAGUGAUAGCGGGAUAGUGCCCACGCUGGAACAAUUUGAUGAUUCGAGUUGGGAAGUUGUUCUUUUCACUGGAAAUGAUACUGCUCCAUUUGAGCUUUAUAUAUUCAAAUUAUCCGGAUACCAAAUGAACGAUCCAACAACUCAGUCCCCCCCCGUGAAUAUCAGAAACAGCUCAGGUCCGAACCUGGAAGACAAAUACUUUUUCGGUUACCGCUCCUAUCUGACAUCAAAUGAAUCAAUUUGGAUCACAGCCUACUCGGAUCGGUUUACUCUUACAAACAUGACUGGUUCUUUGCCUGAUGAUGUGAUUGCCGCAAAUGACAAUGUGAACUCGACAACUGCUCCAAAACGAACAAUCUCUUGCGGCGCAAAGUCUGGAGGAGAGUGUGACGAGAAGGUAUUAGAAAACCUGGGACUGGGAUCGCUAACGACAGACACUCCAAGUGAUAGUACAACGGCCACAGCAACCACAACAGGGUCUGCCCCAGAGAACACAACUUCAAUUGCAAGCCAAGCCGACUCCAACACGGAUAGUGGUAAAAGAUUAAGUCGUGGAGCAUUUGCGGGGAUAGUCGUAGGUGUCGCGGUAGCGAUAUCGAUUGUGAUUGCGGCGGGGGUGUUCUAUAUAAUGAAAGCCAAGAAGAAGAAGGACAUACUAAAACGAGAAAUGAUUAGAAGUAAUGAAGGUUUGACAUAUCAGGAGUCGAAUGCAUUUCAUGAAGGGGAUACUUACGGGGGGGUAAUGAAGAAAAAUGGGAUUGGAGGUGUGGGCAGACGAGAGGAGUUAGAAGAUCGUAGAACGUAUGAGAUGAGUGCGGGUCACCAUGGCGUAGCGGAGAUGCCGCAAAACUAGUGAGCUCUAUUAGGAUAACAAUAGACGUGGGAUGACUAGGUAUUCUUCUAAUAGCCACUUUUUCCAUAUACUAAACGUGUGUAUAGCGUCUUGAAAGCCUCAAAAUACUGGCGAUACAAGACCUUGGGCUGGAUGUCAUGAAACCCUAAACUCACUUCGACAAUUGCAGUGCUCUCAAAAACCCAUACUUACUUGAACAUCUAAAGAUUUACAAACAAUUGCUGUACUCCGCAUUGUGGGAAUAGUCCUUGAGAUGUGACAUUCUGAUUGUCCAACAGGAGUAAGUCAUUUAUUGAUGAGACAAUGUACAAUCUUGAGUAUGUGAAUCCUCCUAAUGCGAACAACCUUCCCGUAUUUCUCCACUCUUCUUCUCAUGACCCUUUGCGAUUAUUUCGAGGCGAGAGCGGAUUUGAAGCGUCACCAUCUUUCGACUCACCAGUGAACUCCCGGCGGAAAAGCUAGUUUGAAUAUCUGCUCACUAGAGCGAGUCUUGAUCUUUUUGGUUGACUCUGGGCUUUGCUACAAGAUCUCCUUCAUGAUUACAAUUUCUUGUCGCAGCUGUCGAAUUCGCAUGUUGCCAUUGGUCCGGACUUUUGAUUGCUUGAACAGAUCGUGAGUGCAGCCAGAUACAAGUCUGCAUCUUCAACAAUUCUUUCAGCAUCGACUGAGUUAUAUUCCCCUAAGGAAGGAAGUAUUCGUGUAUUUGGCUAUCAUAUUCUAUAAGCUUGAGUUGACGAAUGACGGGUUUGUGUAUCUAUUUAGGUUAAAUGGGUUGGCGAGGGUAUAAAAAAGAAACAAAUAUGGAAGGAAGACUAUCAGAUCAGACAUGAUGAAUACUUUUU